AUGAAUAGUGAUGAUGAUGAAGGUGGUGAUAAUAGUAAGGAGACAAGUUAUGAACUUGGUGAUGUAAUUGCUCAACUUCAGAAAGAUCUUUUAAAAAAUAAAAAAGCAUUCACUGCUUUUGAAUAUAACAAAAGACGAGCUGUCUAUGAAUAUUUUAUAAGGCUAUAUGAUAGUCAUGAAAAGUUAAAAGCAAGUAAAAUUGCAGUAGGUAUAGUUUAUAUCAACUCAGGCCCAUACAAAUCCAAAAGAAUCUGCUUUCUUGUUGAUAAUGAGGAUGUGACACUAAAAUGUAAACAAUUGAUAAGGAAAGAAUCAGGGUUAAAUGAUAUUAGUUCAUUUCAAAUUAAGCAGUAUGUUGACUCUGCCAUUUUACCUGAGCAUACUGGAGAAAUAAGAAAGUCAAUUAGCCUGAGAACAGCUAAAAGAUGGUUAAAUGUCUUAGGAUGUCAGUUUAAUAAAUACCAGAAAGGACCAAAAAUAGAACUGAUUCCACCAGUGCUUCAAGUGAAUGAGCGAGAGUUAAUUUUGAUCACUCAUGAUGAGUGUAUCUUCUAUUCAAAUGAUGGAAAAAGAGGGAUCUGGAUGUACAAUGGUGAAAAAGAAGAAAAAACCCAACCCAAUGUUUCUGCAGAAGCACGCUGUUAUCUUAUACCUGCUGUCUUCACCUUUGAUAACAGUAUGAAUCAUAUAGCAUUUGCAGAUGAUGCCUUUAUUAAAGUGCAGAAAAUGGUAUUCGAGAAGGAUUAUCUUGACCUUAAUAUAAGAGGAAAGCCAAAAGGAAUAAAAAGAAUGUUGGAAGAAAGGGGGCUUUUAAAAAAAGGGUUAAAUUUAGAUUGUCCAAAGUGUAAAAAAAAGGAGAAUUCAGGCCAAAUAGAUUGCUGCUUAAAAAAAAUUAUGGCUUCUCAACCAGAUUUCGUCAUCCAAAAAUCUACUAUUGUGGGACUAAUCAAAGGAGUGGCUAAAAAAUAUGCAAGAGAUUAUUGCAAUUACACAUGGACCAGCUUGCAAGAAACUGUUUUACGAGCACUUGAUUCAGUAGAUGUUAUUACAAUUAGGAAGUUCGCUCAAAAAUC